CUCUCAACGAAGCAUGCGCUCUUUGCCUCCCUUGGAACCGCACUUCUAGCAGUACUUAUCCGUCGUCUAUCGUGGCCAUGCCAAUCACCAAGAAAGUAGCUGUGGCCGGGGUUACUGGCGCCUUGGGCAGGUUUUUCGUCGACGAGUUUUUGAAAUGUAGCAGCAAGCUUUCGGUGACAGUCCUCACACGUAAGGAAGGAGAGGAAUCCACCCGGUCCCGAUUUGCCGAGUACCCGCAAUUCACCAUCCGCGGCGUCGAUUACAAGAGCGAUGACGACCUAGCCGACGCGCUUGCCGACCACACUGCCGUACUUUCAAUCGUCGGACUAUGGUGGCAUCAGCGACCAGCUGCGUCUUAUUUCAGCGGCUGAAAAGGCCAAAGUCGAGUAUUUUUUGCCGUCAGAGUUUGGUGCGGAUUUUGACAAGCCCGCCAACAAACAGGUUGUGGCACUUUACGCGCCGAAGCGUGUUGUUAGACGGGCGCUCGAAGCAUCAGGCGCUAAAGUAUACAUAUAUUGUGACAGGGUGCUUUGCGGACUGGUUCCUGAUGCCCAUGUACAAGUGGGACUUGGAGAACCACACUGUGGAGAUCCCUGGCGACGGCACCAUCACAAGCUCGUUCACGUCACGCCAGGACAUCGCCAGAUACACAGUUGCUGUGCUGUGUCGCCUAGGCGAGUUUGAUAACCAGACGGUGCGCAUUGCAUCCCACACGCUGUCAUUCAAUGACUGGGUGGGGCUGGUGGAGAAGGUAUCGGAUCGAAAGUUCACUGUGACCUAUGUCCCCCCAGAGCCCAUCGAGGAGAUGAUUGCCGAGGAU